CGAGAUUGUACCUCUAGUGUUAAAAACUGCAAGGAUUAAUACAGAUAGAGCAGACGUUCGAAACUUCGUUGAAGAACUCGAGGUGGAUAAACAAAAUCUAAACCAUCCUUCCGUGAAGUCAUCGAUUGUUUAUUUAAAGUGUUUUCAUUCUUUCUUUAGUUGGAGAAUGUAAUGCAAAAAUUUAUGGUUUGGAUAAUAAUUUGUGGUGUUGGCACAUUUGUGUACACUUUCCGGUCUAAAUUUCGGAUGUCUAUUUUUUGUGUUUAUUUACCAUUCCAUUCUUCCAGUAAUUCCUAAUAUCAUGUUCCUCAUGGCAUUUUUCUCCUGCUGAUUUGUUCCUAAAACACUUUCUGGUUCAGUUUUUUGUGUGUGGUUAAUGGCACUGAAUAAAAGACGUCCACUCACUCGUAUAGAACUUGGAUUGCAAGACUUGAUGGAAUUUAAAAACUUCAUUGAUACUCAGUCUAAUGGAGACUGUGAAAAAGGUAGCAAAAGUACCAAGGAUUCUUUUGAAAAGGUACAACUUCGAGAAGCUGAAAGACGCAGAAAAAAUGCGCGCCAUCGGAUUGGUCUACCUCCAGAUUAUUAGGAGACUUUAAGACUUAGUGUAUAUAUGCUUCUGUGAACCACUAUAAUCAAUGUUCAAUUUCAACCUUUUUUCGCUGGAACUACAUGUUUAUCGUUUGAAACUUCACGAAUAAUCGGUAAUUUAAAUAAAAUCGCCUGCUAACAGUCUGCGAAGUGGUUUGCAACGUUUAGUCGAAUUUUUCGGAAUACAAUUUGACAGACUACCUCAGAAAUUUCAACCAAAUUAUCAUAUUUUCUACAAUAAAUCUCAAGUUCUAAAGUGUCGCAAAAAUAAUCCACAGCACAACGCACCUCUGGUUCAUUUCUAGAAUGAGGACUAUAUCCUAGGUUUAGAAUAAAUUGAAUUAUCUAGGAUGUCAUGUCAUACUGAAAGUCUUCUUUCACUAAAGAAGGGAUUUAUUGUUGCACCUAUUUUGGGAAAGGGUGUAGAUAAUGUACACGAAAAUGGUUUCGCCUCAGGUUUGUUUUAAGGUGCUUGUAAAAUAUUGACUGGAUCAGACUACACAAAUUAUCUAGACCAAAUACAACAAGCAGGUUGGAUUUUGUUCAGGCCAUCACAUCUCACUCUUUCUCAAAACGAUUAGGUAUCGUCACACGUAUCGCAUUCCUUGUAUCAGAAUUGCAGUCAAUUUAUUGAACAGAACUGUACUAUACAUUUAUACAUUAGAGAGGAAUGUAAUCGAGGCGGUCAUCUUAGAUUUUUUCACAGCUAUCCUAUUAGAGUGAUAACGUACAAUUAUCUUUAAAUUCUAGUCCAUAAUAUGAGUGCAUUUGAAUGAGGCUAACCCAUCUUGCUAAUUUUUCUGUAGCCUUAUAAAUGAUGAUAUUUCCCAAACAGCUUAGAAUAGAGUACGUGAUUGAAAAAUAUAUUUACUUCUCGGAAUGUAAAUUAGUCGAUCGAUGAUCAGCGUUUCUGAUUAAUGACGAAUACUCUUGACCCUCAAAGCGCAAAAUAUAUCACAAGAGGGAUUUAGGGUUUGUGUAUUUAGUGAGAUUUGUGUCGUUGUUGAGCAGCAGCGAUAUGCUUUCUUUCACUAAUUUUGGUUCGAGGUGAAUAGUGCUGUUACGUCGAAGGAUAUCAUCAGUUCGUCGUUGUUGAUUUGAAUGUUCUUAAUUCGGUCCAGGAAUUGUGUGGGGGGUUUGAUGGAGUGGUUGGCUGAAUCUACUAAAUAUCUCAAUAAACUGCCUACUUAGGGUUUGUCCAUAAACUCAUAUUCGCUGGUGAACUGCUAGAAAUGUUCAGGAUACUCAUGUGCCGGAAUACUGAUGUUUUCAGAGACAAAAAUCUCAUAUAGCUAAAGAGACCCAUAUUUAGCGCUGUCACGACAUUAUAUUAGUUGUUUAAGCGUUAGUGUAGUAGCAGUUACCCUCUACUCUUGUCGAGCCUGGCGUCUUUAAUCUUAAAACUUUAAACGACUCUGUAUUAGGUCAUUGUUUUCGGCGACUCAAUAUUGUGACUAAUGUCAAUAUGCAUCGAUAUGUGGCUAAUCAUAUUGGUAAUCACUGUCCAUUCAUUGAUAGCAUCUCUGGUAACCAACUUCAGAUAGUUUCCGAAACCAACUGGUUCUUCUCAGAUUUCUGUUGAAGUUUGAUGAAACAUAAUACCCGUACUUAUACAGUACAUAAGAUAAUUUGCUAAGGGAUUUUAGAAUUAAAAUGUCCUUUAUUUCUAAAUGUAUGCUUAACCGGGCCUGUAUAAAUAGCAAAAAAGGUAACUGGUAGACUAAUGGGUAUUAUUAAAUGAAUUUACGGCUAAGAAACAACUAAAAUAUGAUGAAUUUUUGGUUAUGCAUGAGGUUCGAGUUUUGGCUUAUCCAUGAUUUGAAUUACGAAGAAAUUCAACAGACGGUAAUAUAACAGUUGUUAAGGCAAAUACCAUAGUUAGAAAGACGAUCGUAAAGAUCAUGGAGCUCAGUGACUUAAGCCAUGAUCAUAUAUGACUUAAAAUAGAAGUCUGUGGCAAUCCUGCUGUAAUUUGCUGAUACUGCCUUCAUAAUAGUGCGUUAAACUUUUUAAACUGAGUAAAACCUUUCUUGGCUGUAUUUUUAGUUAAGCUAUAUCUUAAAUGCUAUUUCUGUUCAUUUAAUCAUUGGUCCUGCCAUUCUUUUCCCUUUAACUUCUUGAUAUCGUUUUCUUUAUCUGGGUCAGUUUCCGGUGCUUAAUUGCGCCAGAAUUUGUGUAAACUAAACAAAAGAUUGAUAUCGCUUUUAACAAUGUUCAUACAUACAUGUUAAGGUAAAACUUAAGCUUAUUCAGCUUAAACAAUCGACAACCUGAUAGCUUAUCCAAUAUUAGCUGUGCUCAAUAAAUUAGUACAUAAACCUAUAUAAAAUUACAAAUUACACUUACAGAUGCGACUAAAUGAAUUGAAUAAAUGGAAAUAACUAAUUCACCAGUAAGCGGUAGUGCGAUGAUGCACUAUUCAGUACAAACUACUCGAUUGGUAGAACAAAAGGAUGGUACUUUUUCGAAUAUUAUUGACCAUCUGUAAAAUUAGUGGGUUUAUGCCCUCAAUGUUUAUCAGAAAUUUACAAUUUUAUUUAUAAGUGCACCACCUAUAUAAUUUUAUUCGUUUCACAUUUCCACCUGACCUAAACUGAUCGUAAAUUGGGUGGCAUUCAGUAGCGUACUUGUUUUCAUCAUCAAAAUUGUAAGUACGUUUAAUACCACACAACUUCUCAUUAAGACGCAAGAAGGCAUUACUUGUUUUAAAAUGAAUUUUCAAGUGUUGUUGAUAAGAUAUUUGGAUCGUGCCAAGUGCGUUUCAUCCUAUCUAGGGCUCCUUAGCCUAACAUUCAGACAAAAAUGAGAAACCGGUCGCUUUAGGCACCAAGGCGUUGUCUAUUAAGCUACAAAGUGCAGAUAGCCAUUAAAUUGUUUACUGGGAAUAAAGGUAGUUUUAAAAAUUCGUAUUCAUCCGUUGUCAGUAUUCAGAAUCAGAUUAAAGUCAGUAUCAUGUGCUUCGAUCCUAUGAUUAACAUAGGAUCAUGAAAAAGAAACCACAUUGUUACUCUCAUUUUGAUUUUUAUUAUUACGGUAUACACUGUGUUAAUACGUGUAUAUUUGUUUCUUUUCUGCUAUUUUCAUCAAAAUUAUGAAUAUAUUCACUUUGUUGACCGAGUAACUACGCCGUCACUCCUUGAACUCGAUUAGAUUCAUUUUGCUCUACUGGAAUAUUACUCAAUGGAGCAACAAUAUAACCUUCCCAUUUAUCAGGUACUUGUUCCAUAAUAUCAGUAGCUAGAUUACAAUUAUAUGCAAUGUGAUUAUUACCAUCGUCAUCAUCUAAAAAACAAUUGGAACCAACAUUAAUUUCAUCACAUAAACUAAUCAUCGGUUCUGUAUUAUCUAGACUCCAACAUUGAUUAUUAGUUGUUCCAUGAAAAGCUUCUUUCGUUAGCAAUGAAUCAGCAUAGCGUAUAGCUUCCUCAAGAGUUCUCAAAUUUUCCUUAAUGAACAAAAGAGGAAAAAUAUUUCAUAAAAGAACAAAACUCUUUCAAGUGUUGUUAAAUUGAAAUAGCCAAAAAAUUAUGAUGGGUCCAAUCGAAGUUAUAUGAACGACAAAUCCAAUAUGGUGUCUGUAAAGGUUAAAAACACAAAGUUCAGCGACGAAAUCUCUUCGC